ACACGAAGUCUAGUCUUCCUGCACCCAACCAUACCUGAUCUCUUCCCUCACUCUCUCCCUCAACCUCUCUCUCUCUCUCUCUCUCUCUCUCUCUCUCUCUCUCUCUCUCUCUCUCUCUCUCUCUCUCUCAUUAUUCAUUUCUGGAAGAUCUGCAACUCACAAAUCUGUCUAUAGAAAACUCUGCGUUUUGCUGCCUCUCGAAAAAACCAUGAGCGACCCAAUUGAGCCCUCAACGUCGUCGUCUUCCACCAAAGACCCGGCCCUUCUGAUUCACCCGAGGCGCGAGCCAUUCGAGCACGGGCUUUUGCCCAUCCCUAAGCUCAUCUUCACAGACCCGACGCAAACCCUAAUUCCCCUGAAGCAGAAGCUGAUCGAGCAGUCUUCGAGUCACCGGGUCAACUCGGCCGCGAUCUCCGAGGUGCUUCAGAUCUCCAUUGAUCAUGCCAGGCUCGUCCUCGAUACCCUUGCCUCUGUUCUCCAAUCGGAGUCCGACCCGCUCCUCAAAUCCAAGCCGGACGUGGUUGAUGAGGUCGGCGCCGAUGUGAAUGAUCUGGUUCUGUUCCUCUACAUUCAGUCGUACAAGAAGUUGCUGCCGAGGACGCACAAGGACUCGGCUGCCGUCGCAGAUGUUUGGCCUUCGACCUCGGCUUUCGAUGGGUAUUUGUCCGCUUUAUCGCCAUUGCAGCUUGUGCGUAGCAAUAGCCGUCGGUUUGUGCCAUCACAGGCUGAUGAAGAGGCCCAUCAGUUGUCAUAUCUGCAAAAGCAUUUGGCCAACAUUGUCUCUCUUUUAGCAGAACCUGUGGAGGGGGAAGGCGAAGAAUCUCUGGUUUUGACCAUGGAGAAAUUUGAGCACCUUGGCUUUCUGUUUUACUUUGGUGAUAAAGGAUCUGAAGGAUAUCACUUGGGCCAAUAUGCCCCUUUUUUUGCAAAUUCGGAUCCUGAUAUGCCUGCUGUUCCUGUUCCUGCUGCACAAGUUCAUGAUUGGGUUCUGCAGAAUAUAGUUUCUUCGUUGGAAAAUAUUUCUGAAAGAAUUUCUCCGAAAGAAAAUGGCCCACCCAGUUCCUCAGAUCAAGAUGUUCCCAUGGCUGAUGCCUGCACGAGUACAAACAAGGGCUCAAUAAGUGUUAGAGGUCCAAGUUUUAUUGAAGGGAUCUCCAAGUCAUCACUUAUAAAGCAAGCAUCUGAUCUUAAAGGCUCAUCUGUAAAGGUUUUAAAUUGCCACGAUUCAGUUAUCUACAUAUUAGCACCUCUGAGAUAUGCCACAGUUUAUGGAUGCUCCGAUGCUACUAUUGUUCUUGGAGCUGUUGGAAAG